AUGUUCAAGUCGGACGAGGAGCCUCCCACAGAGACAAUCAAUGUUGAGACGGAGAGAGUUCAAGUGAAAUGGUAUCGUUCAACGCUCUACAAUGCCACCAUUCUCGGCCUCUGUAGCUUUGCGGCACCUGGUCUAUGGGGAGCAAUGAACUCUCUUGGAGCCGGAGGAGCCCAGAAGCCAUAUCUCGUCAACACAGGCAACUCACUCACGUUUUGUCUCAUGAUCGUCUCAUGCUGGUUCACCAGUAGCAUCGUCAAAUACAUCGGUAUCAAAGGAGCCUUGGUUGUCGGCACGGUCGGUUUCGCCCCGUACAGCGCUGGCUUGUAUCUCAACGUUCGUUACGGAGUUGAAUGGCUUGUCAUCUUUGGGGCUGCCUGCUGUGGCAUCUCAGCCGGCAUCUUUUGGGCUGCUGAGGCAGCUAUCGGUGUUAGCUACCCAGAGCCCAGAAACAGAGGGAGACUUGUUGCGUAUUGGCUUUCAUACACACGACUAGGUCAGAUUCUCGGCGGUGCUAUUAACCUCGGUCUCAAUGCAGACAGGAAAGAAGCAGGCAAGGUUUCUUACAACGUCUAUCUCAUCUUCAUCGUGCUUCAAGCUCUGGGGCCCUUCGCGGCGCUAUUGUUGAACCGUCCCUCACAGGUUCAGCGACAUGAUGGCAAACCCGUUGAUCUCUCCAUUUUCGAUAAUCCCUGGACCGAGUUUAAAGCAACGACACGGACUUUUCUAAAGAAGAAGGAAUUGCUGUUGCUAAUCCUCUGGAUUGGACAGGCAUUCUACUCGGAAGCAGUCUUCUUUAGCUACAUCGCCCUCUACUUUAGUGUACGAGCAAGAGCACUUGGUUCAUUUCUCUCAGGCAUAGUGGCUGUUGUAGCAGGCUGGAUCCUAGGCAUCUGGCUCGAUCAACACCAUCUCCCCCUCAAGGCACGAGCACGCUGGGCUUUUUGCACCAUCAUGACCCUCCAGGGAGCCUGGUGGCUCUGGCUGACGGUCAACGCAACAGAAUAUCACAACAGACAAACACCGCCGACCUACGACUGGAACGACGCAGGCUUCGGACGCGCCUUUGGAGUCUUCAUCUUCCUCCUGGCAGGUCUCCAGCUCAACUUUAACUUUCAGUACUUCCUCAUCGGGCAGAUCUCGACGGGCCCGCAGGACACGAUCCGGCUGGCGUCCAUUUUCCGGGCGGUUGAGUCGGCGUGGCAGGCCGUGAGCUACGGGCUGGGCUCGGUUCCCAUCAUGGCGGCUGUCGGCAGCGCGUACAUCAACUUUGGGCUGUGGGGAUUGUCGCUGUUUCCGGCGUGGCUUGUGAUAAGGAGGAUCGGGGAGGUGGACAAGGGGGAGAGUGAGACUGAGCAGGAGAUCACGGUGUCCAAGGUUUAG